AUGGAUACUCGUAAUCGCAGAACAGCAUCCACUUAUAUCAAUAAUCUUCUACUAUCACGUGGUCUUCUCAGAAAUGGCGUGCCCAUCGAGUUUGCGAUUCCUGAGAAUGCUGAGGGUGGGUUGGAUGCGACAAUGGGGCAGGUGAUGAAUUUAGUACAUGAUUUGAUAUUAAGGCGAGAUCGUGAAUCCGACACACUGGCGAGCCUCUCUCAGAACCUUCAAACGCUUCGCAUCUCCUCAACCCAGCAGACACAGAUCGUCACACGCCUGCAAAACCGCAACGCGGACCUAGAUAGGCAGUUGGCGUUGACCGGCGCCCAAGAGCGUUCCGCACGCGCAACGCUGCGGAGCGCGGAGACGAGGAAUAGGGCGCUCCGGGAGGAAAUGGUGCGGCUCAAAGGGACUGUUGCCCAGAUACGGGCACAAUGCGCAACAGACGUCCGCCGUCGAGAUGGAGAGAUCCAAAGGCUGAAGCGUCAUUUAGAAGGGCGUAGGGGAAGAGAUGGGAAUGGUGGGCAAGUGGGCGUAGUAGUUGUCACGCCGGGUAUGAGCAAGGGACCGCAAGGAGGACGAAACGGCGAGACAGAGGCGGAUCUCGAAAGCCCAGCAUACUCUUUAAAACAGGAGACGACGGACUUUCUGACGCAAUUGAGCCAAGGACUCAGCGAUGAGAACGAUGCUCUGAUUGGCCUGGUGAGAGGCACAUUGGCGACUUUGAGAAGUCUCCAGGGGUUGUCGGAAACACGACCAAGAUCCGAGAUCGACGAAAGCUUAGAAGACGUGGAUGCCGCGAACACCAUCAUGGGUGGGCCUCCGUCAUAUGAGACUCUGGCGACGAGCACGGACGAAGUGCUGGAGCACCUGCGAGGACUGCUCACAAAUCCCUCAUUCGUUCCAUUAGAAGAAGUGGAGAUCAGGGAAGACGAGAUCCAGAGGCUAAGAGAAGGUUGGGAGAAAAUGGCGGCACGAUGGAAAGAGGCGGUGGCUCUGAUGGAUGGCUGGAAGAAGAGGAUGGUUGAUACUGGUGAUACGAUAAACCUGGAUGAUUUGAGGAUGGGGUUGAACCUUGGCUCUGGAAUACCGACGGUGCAGGAAGCUCAGGAAACAUCGCUUCUGAAACAAGACGAGGAAGACGCAGAACUAAUCGGCUCGGGCAUCCUCGAAGACCUCCACGAAGAUUCCGAGGAGCCGUCUAUGGACGAUUUUGAGGCCAAUCUACCAAGCCAAGUAGAAUUCGAUGUACACGCGAGAGGCAGGGUCUUGGGCGACAUAGAUGCGAACGCUAUAUCACCACCAAAGGUUUCUUUCCAAACAAUACCAGAAGAGAACACCACGUCUCUCGCAAAUGACGAAGAUGCCGUCUUACUGGACUUCUCGACAUACAAACCUGCCAGUCCGUCAAAGCCUAAGUCACGCAUCGCCCUUCAGAUACAGCCAACCGCUUUAUUGCCCGCUCCCACAAUCCAGCAGAAAUUAGAACGUGUAGAAGCGGAGGCCGACGAGGCAAAGAGACGAGAGGAGAAUCGACCGCGGAAGAGCAUUUCGAAAAGUACUGUCACGAAGAAACUAAAGGGCAGCAGAAGAAGAAGUACUUUGAGUCCAGAAGAGCUAGAGAACUUGGUAAUGGGUUUCUCUUGA